GGACAAUGUUGACAGAGCAGAUGUUGUAUAAGGCAUUGUUUUAAUGCACACCUGUAUGUUGUCUGCGUUGCAGUGGAAAUGGACACUGCUGUCUGAAGAGCUGGCCAAGUGGGGGCAUGUAGAGCAGGAAGAGGAUAGGUCCUAACACCUACCAUUGCAAGCUAUGAUGGACUCCUCUGAUCUUGCCUCACUGAGGGUGACGUACUGCUUGCGGUUAGAAAGGAGGAGUUAAACCAGUUUAGGGCAGACCCACAGAUGGUAGUGUGCUGUCUGAGGGGCUGCACUAGAAUGGUUUGAUCUACUGUGUCAAAAGCAGCACUGAGGUCCAGAAGAACCAAGAUGGUGGAGGAUCCUGUAUCUGCAGCAAUGAGCAGGUCAUUUACAACCUUCACCAGGGCUAUCUCAGUACUGUGCAUGGGCCUAAAGCCAGACUGGAGAGCUUCAUAAAGAUGGUUAGCACUGAGGUGUGACUGAAGCUGAGUUGCCAGUAUGUUCUCCAUUGCUUUAGAUAAAAAUGUGAGGUUGGAAAUAGACCUGUAGUUUGAGAGAAGGUCUCGGUCAAGGGAUGGUUUCUUGAGCAAGGGGGUGAUGACAGUGAUGUUGAACAGUGACGGCACCUGCCCAGUAUGGAGAGAAUUGCUGAACAAUUUGAGAGCAGCUGAGUAUGUUUUGAACAGUGAUGUUACAUUAGGGUCGUGGGGGCCACUGGUAGUCUUCAUUUUAUUAGAGGAUUUCUACCACAGCAGAAGGUGAGACCAGAGCUAAAUCACUUAGAGGGGGGGCAGAUAUGGGUGGUGGGUUAGGAGCCAGAGUGGGGUUGAGGUUGGAGAAUACAAUGUUCUUUCGAAUGGUGUUGAUUUUAGCCUUGAAGAACUCAGCAAAUCGGUUGCAUUGUUCGGUACUUUCUGAAAAAGUGAAAGAGAAAACAGUUCCAUUUUUUGAGAUUGGGAAACCACCCAGCAGCAUAACCUGAUCAAGUGACAGUUCUCUAGUCUAGUUAAUUAUGUGGUGCAAUGAUACUGACGUGAUAAUUUGACCAUAUAGAGAACUUAAUAAAAGAUUGUUUCUUUGUUUGGGUUUCAGUUUUUAUUCCGAUCUCUCUACCUGUGCUGUUGUGUGCAGAUAAACCAGCAAAGAAAUCGAAUAGACUUCUGAAACUGAUUUCCAGAAAUCUGCAAUUACAUGGAAUACCGGCCUAAAUGUAUGUUUUGUUUGGAUUGACAUGACACAAUUUGUGCAUGCUUUGUCUCUGUGUAUUCAGGAAGAGGAGGCAGAAGAGGAGGAAUACCUAGGAGAGGAGGAUGAGGGAAAUGGUAGCAGGGAGAGCAGAGAGAAGGGCCACACAAAUGGAGAGUGUGAUGGGGACGAGUUAGAGGACCUGCCCAGCUACCGGGGCAGGAUGGCCGGGGGCCGAUGGAGGGGACCCAUCUCCCGUAAGGCCAGCCAGACCAGCGUGUACCUGCAGGAGUGGGACAUCCCCUACGAGCAGCUGGAGCUGGGGGAGCUCAUUGGCAAAGGCCGUUGGGGGAAGGUGCAUAAGGGGCGCUGGCAUGGAGAGGUGGCCAUCCGGCUGCUAGAGAUAGAUGGUAAUAAUCAGGACCACCUGAAGCUGUUUAAGAAGGAGGUGAUGAACUACAGGCAGACCCGCCACGAGAAUGUGGUCCUCUUCAUGGGGGCCUGCAUGGCCCCGCCACACCUCGCCAUCAUCACCAGUUUCUGCAAAGGUCGGACACUAUUCUCUGUUGUAAGAGAUGCCAAGAACACACUAGACAUCAACAAGACAAGGCAGAUUGCUCAGGAAAUUGUUAAGUGUAUGGGCUACCUUCAUGCUAAAGGAAUCGUUCACAAGGACCUGAAGUCCAAGAAUGUGUUCUAUGACACAAACAAAGUGGUAAUCACAGACUUUGGUCUUUUUGGAAUGUCUGGAGUGGUACAAGAGUACCACAAGAGGCGAGAGAACGAACUAAGGCUCCCUCAUGGCUGGAUCUACUACCUGGCCCCUGAGAUUGUUCGCAGGAUGGGUACUGGGAACCAUGAGGACCGCCUGCCUUUCUCCAACGCUGCAGACGUCUACGCCUUUGGCACCAUUUGGUACGAGCUGCAGGCCCGUGGCUGGCCACUCACCAACCAGCCGGCAGAGGCCACCAUCUGGCAGGUGGGCAGCGGAGAGGGAAUCAAGAAGGUCCUGGCAAAGGUCAGCCUGGGCAAGGAGGUCACGGUAAGGUCAAAGGUCAAAGAGCAGUUUGUGACAGUGUGA